CCUUCAUUAUGUGAUCAAGGGACUUUGAACUAAACUAGCUUCAGCACAGAACAAGGGAGCUUCAUACAUGAGGCCACUGUAGUGAGUUACUGGGUGCUGCUGCCAUUCAUCCCCCUAUAGUAUAAUGACCAGUCUGAUUGACUUCUUGCAGUUCUUGACCUGAUCCUGCUGGAUUGGUGGAGGAUGAAACAGGGCAAAUGGCUAUUUAAAUACUUAUUGAAACUUGGGAAAGCCAAACAACUUGGGAGCUGGUGACUGGAUAGAGGAGGUGACCACGAACAGUCAUGGGAUGUGGUGUCACAAAGUCCAACCAGUUCCACAAAAACUCCGGAAAAGCUGUCACAACUAUAAAAUCUGCCAUCCUCAUUCAGCGAUGGUAUCGUCAGUAUGUCGCCCGCAGAGAGAUGAGACGGAAAUACACGUGGCACAUCUUUCAGUCCAUCGAAUACUCAGGAGAACAGGCUCAGAUAAAGCUUUAUAACUUCCUCGGCUACCUCAUGGACAAUUUCACACCUACGAGCAAUGAACGGAAUUUGAUCUCGCACAUCUUCAGAGAUAACGAAGUCUGUAAGGACGCAGAGUGGGAGAGGUUUUUCUGCUAUAAGAAAAUAGAAGUGCCAGAGAUUUACUCAGGACCUCACCUCACCUUCCCUCUGACGGUAGAGCAGGCGGUCGGGCUGGUGGAGGCCUUUAGGAACAAGAAGCAGCUGCACUCGCGCUACGUCCUCCAGCUGCUGCUUGAGACGCUGAAACAGAUCCGGCUGUUACCCAAUAUCAACCGCAUCGCUACCUGCCAAAGCAAAGAAAUCACUAUUUGUGGUGACUUGCACGGACAACUAGAAGACCUGCUGCUCAUUUUCUACAAGAAUGACAUGCCAUCCAUGGAGAAGCCCUAUGUGUUUAACGGAGACUUUGUAGACCGAGGCAACGACUCCAUCGAGAUCCUCCUUGUCCUGUUUUCAUUCAUGCUUGUCUAUCCGAGUGACGUCCACCUCAACAGAGGAAACCAUGAGGACCAUAUAGUCAACCUGAGGUACGGCUUCACAAAGGAGGUGCUGACUAAAUACAAGAUGCAUGGCAAACGGAUCCUGAAGCUGCUUCAGGAGAUUUUCAGCUGGUUGCCGUUAGCGACGGUGAUCGACCAGAAGGUGUUGGUACUCCACGGAGGGAUCUCCGACACAACAGACCUCAGUGUCCUCGCCCGAGUGGACAGACAUAGUUAUGUCUCAGCGCUGAGGCCUCCAAAGAAAAGAGUCCAGGUCUCAGCAGCAUCGUCCGUUGAAAUAGAGACAGAGGAGGAUGUCUUGUCCCACAACAAGCUCACCCGGCGUCGGACCUCCCUCACAUAUCCAAAACCCCUCGGCCGUGAAAUCUUCCAGAACCGCUCGCUGCAGGACUUCUCCGGACUGAUCAAAGUUAACACGGUGGAUGAUGUGGAGAUCCACAGGAAGAGACCGUCCAUUUCCAUCCAGGAAAUCAACAGACCAGAAAGUGACACGACUCAGGCUGAGUCUGUCACAAGUGAAAAUGGCAACGAAGAGUGGAAGCAGAUCCUGGACCUGCUUUGGAGCGACCCGAUGAACCAGGAUGGCUGUGUACCCAACGAGGUGCGGGGCGGAGGCUGCUACUGGGGCCCCGACGUCACAGAGGACUUCCUGAACAAACACAACCUGCAACUAAUCAUCCGCUCCCACGAGUGUAAACAGGAAGGUUACGAGUUCUGCCACAACCGAAAGGUUCUCACUCUGUUCUCCGCCUCCAAUUACUACGAUGUAGGAAGCAACAGGGGGGCCUACGUGAAGUUGGGUCCAGACCUUGUGCCUUAUUUAAUUCAGUACCAGGCCAGCAGCAUGAUCCGAGAGCUUACCGUGAGACAAAGUGUUGGACGAACCGAGCGCUCAGCCCUUAAAGUCCUGCGGGAGCAGCUGUUUGCGCACAAAUCUGACCUCGUCUGUGCCUUCAAAGUGUUGGACAGCAAGAAUACAGGUUAUGUGAGUGUACACAACUGGGCCACUGCAGUGGAGAGUGUGAUGCACCUCGGUCUGCCCUGGAGAAUGCUGCACUCUCAGCUGGUCACCAGUAAAACCAGUGAUAGCAUGAUCAACUACCACGAGUGGUUCAACGAUCUCGCCAUCAAAGGAACCAAUACAGAUCACAUAGACCAAAGUCUACUUGAGACUUUAUAUCGCCACCGCUCCACCUUGGAGACCAUCUUCAGAAUGGUAGACACCGACAACUCAGGCUUCAUCACCAUCGAGGACUUCCGGCAGACCUGGAAGCUGCUGAGUGUCUACCUAAAGAUGGAGAUCACGGAUGAUACAAUCUCUGACCUGGCCGUCACCAUUGACCGCAACCAGGAUGGCAGCAUUGAUAUCGACGAGUUCAUGGAGGCCUUCCGCCUCACGGACAAGAAGAGUCGGCUGGAGCGAGGACGCAGCAUGUUCAUAGGGACGGCCACCGACCUCACCAAGCUGGAGGGAGACCUCAACAUUUGAGCAGAGAGAACAACCUUAGCCUCACCAGACAGCCAAGGGGAUUGGAGGGAGUGGAGAUAAAGCCAACGCAAGCUGCUUUAGUGACGCACGUUGAGACGUAGAAUGCUGCUGAGCAACAGCUGUGUAGUUCACAUGGGAUUAGAGUGAGGAUAGAGUUCAGGAUAUCUGACAGAGAAUAUUAAUUUCCCAUUUUUAUGCAGUUGUAUCCAGUGAUGGUGCAUGUGUGUGUGUGUGUGUGCGUGUGUGUGUGUGUGCGUGUGCGUGUGUGAAUAACACAACUGCAUUUUGUCUCUUUAUUAAGUUAGGAUUGUCAAAAACUGUUGUAAGUGCAAAAUCCACAAACCAAAACAAAUAGGCAUUAUAUUUAGGCUGCAUGAUUUUUAAAGGUAAGAUAUCCUGUGUUUCCUCAAAAAUAUUAGAGUAGUGUAGUGUCGACUAACACAAAAGGAAUGCCUUUCCACACUUAGACGCACUAGAAGUGUACUUCUGCUCAGUUUAGAUUUAACUUCAGUACACUGUUUGGGUUUGCGGUAUAUUCGUGGGUUUUUGCUGGUAAAAUAUUUACCCUUCCAAUCAGUGAACAGAGGGAGUGGCUGAGAACGAUGACGGUGAGGUUGUGCACUAGUUUGAGUUGUAUUUCUGUAAUGGCGGCGGAGAAAGAUGUGAGCAAAGCCAU